AAUAUAUUUCGACGUAUGUUAUCAUAUAAAAGCUGCACGAAACUUUUUUGUGCCCGGUUAACCAACAUCCGCAACAAAUGCCUGCAGAAAAAGAACCCCUAAUAAUCCGACGGUGUGAGAAUAAUUGUUGUUACCUCAACUGUAUUUGCGCACAACUACGUGUGAUCAUUACAUACACCCGAUCUACCUGGCCAGAAAUCGUACAAAUCUGUGAUCGGUUAACGGACAUGUGCAAAAAGUGUACAGCGAAAAAAACUCAAACUUCAACAUUCCCGAUAGCGCACGAGAGAUCUUAUUGCUCCGACCGAGCCUGGAGCGCGCACGCCUGGCAUACGUCGGGCAUCAUAAAUCCCCCUUCGAAGUGGCGCGGCGUAUCGAAAUAAUUAUAAAAAAUCGCGCGGACCAAUCGCGACGCGUAAGCGCGUUUUCUCGAAUCAGCGAAUCGGUUCCGUGCCAUUAUCCAGCAACCCCGGCGCGAGCGAGACGAAGGAGGUUCGAUAAAGGGGUGGGCGAGGGAGAAGAGCAGUCAUAAGAUACGAUGAUGGAUGCUCGCGAAGGGUUGCUGCCGAUCCGAGGGCUCAGGAGAGGGCACUCUAAAAGGGCAAAGGGUUCUUCUCGGCCAAUCGGCCCGACGUAAGCGACGAGUCCGACCAAUCCCUGGGGCCCAGCCGGGCCAUGAAGUAGAGGGGAGGGUUGGUGCCCUGUCCUUAGGGGCACGGUUUCGUUGCGUCAUUCUAACAUUCGCUCUGUAUCGGUUCGCCGGCGAGGACCGGCGUUGCGACGGUGACCUUCGUGACGUGGGACGACCUCGGGCAAUCCCACCUUGGAAGCGCUGAUUUCGAUAGAGUCGCGAAGUCGCAGUUAAUAUUAAUGAGCUAAUGAGUUAAUGUUAACGAGCGAUUAAUCUCGAGCGCGUCUGUAAUCGUUACUCGCAAACGUGACUCGUCACCGCGCUCGAUCGCCGGUUAAUUCCGUUCGGUGGAAGAAAGUGGAGAGCCGUCGCGUUUUUUCCAGCGAGGUGUUCGGUCUCUUCAAGCGCCAUGUCCCCCGCGGGGGGGAAGCGGGAUGAAAUCGCGCCGAUCGAUAGACCGACGUAGGAUCGCCGUGCGCGAUCCUUUUUGCUUUCGCGCGAGAAAUCGAUUAUCGUGCUGGAGCUCGCGAGACGUCCCGAUGUGAGGACGGCGUACAGACGAGACGGAGUUAAGAUGGUCCUUCUGGAGAACUCCAGGAUGAUCCUCGCGGACAUGCGUCUUCAUGCCACCAGCACGCCGACCAGCACCCCCACGCACUAUCAUCACCAUCAUCAUCAGAAGUAUAGAGCGCAGAACAACAAUGAUUAUGCGGACUUGCACGGCGAAGUCGACGGCCCUGAACUCAGCGGUGAUGAUAGAAGUAUCGCGAGUGAUAUCCAAGAUGCCACCGAGGAGCACCUUGAUAAUGACUCCAUCAGCUCUGACAAGGAAGCUCUUAACCUGGUCACGGACGUAUCGCAUCGAAACAGCAGUAGCGGUACCAGCGGCAGCGCAUCCUCUCCGAGUUCCGGAGUUAGCAGUCAGCUGACUGUGAGUCAUCCACAGCAGCAACAGCAACAACACACGACUACUCAACAAAACCAACAAAAUAGCAACUCACAGGCGGCGCUAGCUGCUCAAUUAGUCAGCCAACAGUUGCUAAUGCAUGGCUCUCUCGGGGCACUGGGACCCCAGGAGAUUCAAGCGCUUGCCUCGACGAUACAGCAACAGCAGCAGUCGCUACAACAACAAUUGCAGCAAUUUGCCAUGCUCCAACAACAGGCUAAUCCUGCGGCUACGGGGCAGCUUCCGGCGCAAGCACAGUUCUUUCUGCAGAACCAGGUGGGUGUACAGGGGUUGUUGCAGAGCAGUGGCUACCCAACAAGAUCGAAUCAUCCGCGCUCACAGUCCAUGCAGGUGCAACAAGCGGUAGUGCAGGCGGCCCAGCAGUUACAAGCGUUGCAGAAGCAGCAGGCUCUUCAAAGUAGUGGCAGUUUAGUUGGGCGAAGCUUAGCGCAGCAGAGAACACCGCCACCGUCCGGUACCCCACCAGCGAUAAAAGCCCCACCAAGAUUGGAUCCUUCCCCGGAUGAAACGACGGAUCUUGAAGAGCUUGAACAGUUUGCCAAAACAUUCAAACAGAGGCGGAUCAAGCUCGGUUUCACUCAAGGAGAUGUAGGACUUGCUAUGGGAAAACUAUAUGGCAAUGAUUUUUCUCAAACUACCAUCUCCAGGUUCGAAGCGUUGAAUCUUUCUUUCAAGAAUAUGUGCAAAUUGAAGCCUCUGUUGCAAAAGUGGCUGGAAGACGCUGAUAAUUCCCUAAACAAUCCCAAUUCUCUGUCGAAUCCACUUACGACGCCGGAAGCGAUUGGCAGGCGGCGGAAGAAAAGGACGUCGAUAGAAACGAGUGUGAGAGUGGCGCUAGAAAAGGCCUUUAUCCAAAACCCAAAGCCUACCUCCGAAGAAAUAACCAUAUUGGCGGAUAGUCUCGCGAUGGAGAAAGAAGUGGUUCGCGUAUGGUUCUGCAAUCGGAGACAGAAGGAGAAGAGAAUCAAUCCUCCGACGGCAGUAAUGGGAAGCCCAACUCUGGCGUCGCCGGCGCCCUCGGUGUUCGCCUCUCUUGCUGGUUCCAUGUCCGGUUCGCCUCUUGCUCUUACGACACAUUCUUCCGGUGUGGGCCACUCGCAUCCUCACCAGGCACCCUUGGGCUCGCCUUUGCCCUUGGCUCUAGUAGCUUCGGCAGGUGGAAAUUACCAUCCACUGAGCGGCAAGUCUCAUGAGUGACACCAGCAAGCGGCCCAUCAAGGGGACAUUUUCUAUCGUCAGCAUCCUUCCCAUCAACAACAACAGCAGCAGCAACAUCAGCAUCAUCAUCACCACCAUCAUCAACAACAACAACAACGACGCUUGUGCAAUUUAUCGGAGUUCUAUCAUUAGCCGAUGAUCUAAUCUCACAAAGCAUUUAAUCGAAAUAACAUGUGGCAUGUUAGUUUGUGAAAAAUAGUGAAGAUCACGAUCAUCAGUAUUAGAUGAAAUCCGGCAUUGAACGUAUGUAUAGCGCAAGGAUGAGGGAUUCUCGUUGAUCGCGUUAUCGCGAAACGUUCGAUACACGACGUUAUAUCGAGGUGCUGCCUUGUGAACCAAAAUAAUAUAAGAAAAGAGAAAAAAACGAAUAAAGAUGAAAAGAUAUAAGAGUACGUCAUUAUCAAAUUAUCUGAGCAUAAUAUAACUUCCAAAUCUACUAAAGAGUAUACGAAGACACGCUGCGUUUUGAAGAGAAAACGAGUGAUACACUGAGAUGUAUAAUUUUAACGUAACAAAAACAAGAUCUUUUUAUGUGAAACAUUUUUAAUCGGCAACUAUAUUAGCGAUGGUUAUUACAGGAGCGAUCGUAGCACGCGUUACUCACGAACAAAGUGCCAGCAAUGUCACUUCUGUUGCAAGAUAUUCUAACGCGUAAGUUGACACGCGACUGAAUCGAAAAUCUUCCGGUUAUAUCUUAUUUUAUACCUUUCCUUUUAAUAGCAAUGGUGUUCGUUAAAUUAUGUCAAGCUUAAGUCACAUACUUUUACGAACAUCUUUC